AUGGGUAAGACUCGCAAGACCAUGAUGGCUUUCAUCGAUAGCAUUCCAGACUCCAAGCUAGAAGGCGGUUUCAAGAGCGAUACCAUCUACACUGACCUCAAGAACUUCCGACUCGACAACCAAGGUAUCACAACGGCCAGGGGUGACAAGCCGGCAUGUGUCAACCUCCAGAUGCAGGUAAACAAGCGACCCAAGAUCACAUCCCUUGCAGAUGCAGCGCCCUUCAGCGUUGCGCAUGUAGAGAUUCCAGUCGAGGAAUCCUGGUCCGCGGAGACGAUCAAGUUGGAGCUCAAGAAGAGCUGCAUUGCUCAUGGUGAUAAGACCGGCCACUUCUAG